UGGUUCGCCGAGAAGUUCCUCAAGGGCGAGGGCGGCGGGGACCCCUGCGGGCAGCUCUUCAAGCGCUACCAGCUCUGCGUGCAGAAAGCCAUCAAGGAGAAGGACAUACCCAUCGAAGGCCUGGAGUUCAUGGGCCCAAGCAAAGGAAAAACUGAAAACUCCUCUUGA